CUUGACGUCUGCGCAUGCGCGCCGUCUGACCGCGCAGUUCUUGUUGCAGCAGUCAGACGUUUGAACGCGGGCGGAGCGAGCACGUCUGUCUGCACAUCCACACCGAGAAAACACAAGACCGUAACGUUGCGAGCAUGGAGCUGAAUGAUGCUAACCUGCAAUCCCUGACAGAGUUUCUAAGGAAAACUCUGGAUCCAGACCCAGCAGUUAGGCGUCCAGCUGAGAAGUUUCUUGAAUCUGUGGAGGCAAACCAGAACUACCCCCUGUUACUUCUCACUUUGCUGGAGAAGUCCCAAGACAACGUGAUUCGUGUCUGUGCUGCUGUUACAUUCAAGAACUACAUCAAAAGAAACUGGAGAAUUGUUGAAGAUGAACCAAACAAAAUCUCUGACACAGACCGAACAGCAAUCAAAGCAAACAUUGUCAACUUGAUGCUGAGCAGCCCAGAACAGAUUCAGAAACAGUUAAGUGAUGCCAUCAGCAUCAUAGGAAGAGAAGACUUUCCUCAAAAAUGGCCUGACCUUCUAACAGAGAUGGUGAACCGUUUCAGAAGUGGAGACUUCAACAUCAUCAAUGGCGUUCUCCGUACCGCACAUUCCCUCUUUAAGAGGUACCGACAUGAGUUCAAGUCCAAUGAGCUUUGGACUGAGAUAAAACUUGUACUAGACACAUUUGCCCUACCGCUGACGGAGCUGUUCAAGGCAACAAUUGAGUUGUGUCAGACUCACGCAACUGAUGUCAAUGCCUUGAAGGUCCUCUUUUCAUCACUCACCCUCAUAUCCAAGCUUUUCUACAGUCUCAACUUUCAGGAUCUUCCAGAGUUUUUUGAAGACAACAUGGAAACCUGGAUGACCAAUUUUCAUGGCUUAUUGACUUUGGACAAUAAGCUUUUACAAACAGAUGAUGAGGAGGAGGCAGGGCUCUUGGAGCUGCUGAAAUCUCAGAUCUGUGACAAUGCUGCUCUCUACGCUCAGAAGUAUGAUGAAGAGUUUCAGCCGUACCUGCCACGUUUUGUUACAGCUAUUUGGAACCUUUUAGUGUCUACUGGCCAGGGAGUCAAAUAUGAUUUGCUUGUAAGCAAUGCUAUCCAGUUUUUGGCAUCAGUCUGUGAAAGGCCACACUACAAGCAUCUGUUUGAGGAUCAGAAUACACUCACUUGCAUUUGCGAGAAGGUCAUUGUGCCCAACAUGGAGUUCAGAAGUGCAGAUGAAGAGGCCUUUGAAGAUAACUCAGAGGAGUACAUUCGAAGAGAUCUGGAAGGAUCAGACAUCGACACUCGCCGUAGAGCAGCAUGUGACUUGGUGAGAGGCCUCUGUAAAUUUUUUGAGGGGCCAGUCACAGCAAUCUUCUCUGGCUAUGUGAACUCCAUGCUGGGAGAGUACGCCAAAAAUCCCAAAGAGAACUGGAAACACAAGGAUGCUGCCAUCUAUCUGGUCACGUCACUCGCUUCUAAAGCCCAGACUCAGAAGCACGGAAUAACACAAGCCAAUGAGUUGGUCAAUUUGACUGAAUUCUUUGUGAACCACAUUCUCCCAGAUUUAAAAUCACCCAAUGUCAACGAGUUCCCCGUGCUGAAGGCCGAUGCAAUCAAGUACGUUAUGAUCUUCAGAAAUCAGCUUCCUAAAGAGCAGGUGCUGCAGGCAGUCCCUCUUCUGAUAACUCACCUGCAGGCAGAGAGCACAGUGGAGCACACUUAUGCUGCCCAUGCUUUGGAGAGGCUGUUCACUAUGAGAGGCCCCAACAAUGCAACGCUCCUCACUCCUGCAGAGAUGGGGCCUUUUACUGAGCAGUUGCUCAACAACCUGUUCAAGGCACUGACUCUUCCUGGUUCUUCGGAAAAUGAGUACAUCAUGAAAGCAAUCAUGCGCAGCUUCUCCCUGCUGCAGGAGUCCAUCGUCCCAUACGUUCCAACUUUGAUUGGUCAGCUCACUCAUAAGCUCCUUUUAGUCAGCAAGAAUCCCAGCAAGCCUCACUUUAAUCACUACCUUUUCGAGUCCCUGUGCCUGUCUGUGCGCAUCACCUGCAAGGCCAACCCCACCACUGUCAGCAGCUUUGAGGAAGCACUGUUUCCUGUCUUCACAGAGAUCCUGCAAAACGAUGUCCAGGAAUUUCUUCCAUACGUGUUCCAGGUGAUGUCUUUGCUACUAGAGAUCCACUCCAACAAUAUUCCCGCCUCCUAUAUGGCCUUAUUCCCUCACCUGCUGCAGCCUAUUUUGUGGGAACGGACAGGAAACAUCCCCCCUCUCGUGCGCCUCCUUCAAGCUUACCUUGAGAAGGGGGGUGCUACGAUUGCUGCUUCUGCUGCAGAUAAAAUACCCGGCUUGCUUGGGGUUUUCCAGAAGCUUAUAGCAUCCAAGGCCAAUGACCACCAAGGAUUUUACCUUCUCAACAGCAUCACAGAGCACAUGCCUCCAGAAGCCCUCAACCAGUACAAGAAACAGAUCUUCAUUUUGCUCUUCCAGAGGCUACAGAGCUCCAAAACCACCAAGUUCAUUAAGAGUUUCUUGGUGUUCAUCAACUUAUACUGUGUCAAAUAUGGAGCGAUUGCGCUUCAGGAAGUUUUUGACAGCAUCCAGCCAAAGAUGUUCGGGAUGGUGUUGGAGAAAAUUAUUAUACCCGAAGUUCAGAAGGUUUCAGGAGCAGUUGAGAAGAAGAUCUGUGCUGUUGGCAUUACAAAAAUCCUCACAGAGUGUCCUGCAAUGAUGGACACCGAAUACACCAAACUCUGGACACCGCUGCUGCAGGCUCUCAUCGGUCUGUUUGAGCUGCCAGAAGAUGACAGCAUCCCAGAUGACGAGCACUUCAUCGACAUUGAAGACACGCCCGGAUAUCAGACGGCAUUCUCACAGCUGGCCUUUGCUGGGAAAAAGGAGCAUGACCCAAUUGGAGAUGCUUUUGGCAAUCCAAAAAUCCUGCUGGCCCAGUCACUCCACAAGCUUUCUACUGCGUUUCCUGGAAGGGUGCCUUCGAUGCUGAGCACCAGCCUGAAUGCCGAUGCCCUCCAGUUCCUGCAGAGCUACUUGCAGGGGGCAAAUGUGCAGCUGGCUUGAAUCCAACAUGACGGUAAUGACUGUAGGAGACGACAAUGAACGGCAGCCACAGUACAGAAUAUCCACAAUGGUCCCAGGUCACAUGACUUAUCUGCUUCAGCAGACUUCCAGGCAUGGUAGUCAAUGGAUUUACCAGAGAAAUUAUAUUUAUGCCUGAUUUGAGGCAAAUCUGUUCUGACAGUUUUUUGUUUUUGUUUUUCCUUUUUUUUAAGGUUUUUAAAAACAUGACCAAAAGUUGGCAUAACUGGACUAUUGUUAUUGAUCCUACUGUAAAGGCUAGGGAGGCUUUGGAUACGCUAUAUGGUCAGGUUGUGGUGCAGUUUUCAUUUCACUUCAGCAGCACAGGUAAAAAAAUAAAAUAAAAAAAUAACAGUAUUAAGGAAUACCACACAUCUGAAUAAAAUGGAAAGGAUUUCUUCAGUACAUUUUUUUUGUAUGCUUGAAUUCCUUUUCAUGGAUAUGAAGACUAAUCCGGUUAAAACAAUGCUUCAUGUUUUUCUGUUGCAUGUUUCCCUCAGAUUUGUUGAUGUCUAGUCCUUUUUCUGCACCAAUUUGUUAAUGUGAAUAAAGUAAGGCACUUGUAUAAAC